AUAAUUUCAGCUACUAGUAUUAUUAUUAUUUGCAAGACUUCUAAAGAGUCUUUCAGUUGACUCACCUAGCUGAAAUGUCCCAAACCUCCCCAAAUUUCCAAAUAUUUUCAUAAAAUCACUAAACUUUAACUACAAUACAAAAAACCCCAGUUGCCUGAAACCAAUUUCCACUGUGAUCCUUCAAGAUUUUGAUAAAAAAGUGAACUUUAUGCAGAAUACCAAAACCCCAGUUGCCUAUCAGCAAUUUCAGUUGUGAUCUUUCAUGAUUUCCAUAAAAGAGUGAGCUUUAGCAAGAAUACAGAAACCCCCAGUUGCCAAGAAGCAAUUUUUACUGUGGUUUUUCAAGAUUUAGCUAUGAAGAAAGGAUCUUUAGCUCCUAAUCUUAAACUUUCUCUCCCUCCUCCUGAUGAAGUUAAUCUCUCCAAAUUCCUGACUGAAUCAGGGACGUUUAAGGAUGGAGAUCUUCUGGUGAAUAGAGAUGGAGUUCGAAUUGUCUCUCAAAGUGAAGUUGAAGCUCCAUCAGUUAUACAGCCAUCAGACAACCAGUUAUGCUUAGCAGAUUUUGAAGCAGUUAAAGUUAUUGGGAAGGGAAAUGGUGGUAUUGUGCGGCUGGUUCAACAUAAAUGGACAGGGCAAUUUUUCGCUCUCAAGGUUAUUCAGAUGAAUAUUGAAGAGUCCAUGCGCAAGCAUAUUGCUCAAGAACUGAGAAUUAAUCAGUCAUCUCAGUGUCCAUAUGUUGUCAUAAGCUAUCAGUCAUUCUUUGACAAUGGUGCUAUCUCCAUAAUUUUGGAGUACAUGGAUGGUGGCUCCUUAGCAGAUUUUCUGAAAAAAGUCAAGACAAUACCUGAACGAUAUCUUGCUGCCAUCUGCAAACAGGUUCUCAAAGGCUUGUGGUAUCUUCAUCAUGAGAAACAUAUUAUUCACAGGGAUUUGAAACCUUCGAAUUUGCUAAUCAAUCACAUAGGUGAUGUCAAAAUCACUGACUUUGGUGUGAGUGCAGUGCUGGCAAGCACAUCUGGACUUGCUAAUACCUUUGUCGGCACUUACAACUAUAUGUCUCCGGAGAGAAUUUUAGGAGGCGCCUAUGGUUACAGAAGCGACAUUUGGAGCUUGGGUUUAGUUUUACUAGAGUGUGCAACAGGUGUUUUCCCAUAUUCACCGCCCCAAGCAGAUGAAGGAUGGGUUAAUGUCUAUGAACUUAUGGAAACUAUAGUUGACCAACCAGCACCAAGUGCACCUCCCGACCAAUUUUCUCCACAAUUCUGCUCAUUCAUAUCUGCGUGCGUGCAGAAGGACCAGAAGGACAGAUUGUCAGCAAAUGAACUCAUGAGGCACCCUUUCAUCACCAUGUACGAUGACCUGGAUAUUGACCUUGGAUCUUACUUCACAUCGGCAGGACCUCCAUUGGCAACACUCACUGAGUUAUAAUUGGUUUUCUACAAUGACUUGCAAGUUAUGUUCUGCAACCAGAAUUUCGGCCAAGUAGCUUUUCCAGUUGUGACGUUCCAAAAAUUAAAAGCCUUUUAAGAAGGCAUUGAGAAUCAAAGGAGAUGCAGACAUCAUUGUACUUUUCAAGUCUUCUGUAGGUAGAAUUUGGAGUGUAACUGUGACAUUUUCUAUUAUAUUUGUGUUUCCUCAGGAACAACCCUAGAUAUCCUUUUGAUAGGAGUCCAUUUUUUAGAAUAAUCAUUGGUGCAAUUACAAUUUGAUCUCAACCUUUUGGCACAUAAAGUAGUUUAUCGUCAGUUUUGAAUUGGAUGUAAAAUGAUUGAGCUCCCAUUUCUCCUUGGAAUCAACUGAGAGACUUUUCAGUGGAUGAA